AUGGAUCGGUACCUGCUCCUGGUCAUCUGGGGGCAAGGAAAAGCCCCCUCGGCGGCGGGCGGGGGGCCGGAGCGCCCGCCAGGGCCGUCGUUGUCCUCGGAGGGUGCCGAGAAGCAGCCGGACUUGACAGCAGCAAAUGUUUAUCACCUUCUGAAAAGAAGCAUUCGUGCUUCAAUUAAUCCAGAAGAUAGUACUUUUCCUGCCUGUUCAGUUGGCGGUAUACUUAACUCCAAGAAGUGGUUCUUUGCAGUACAAGCCAUAUGUGGAUUUUAUCAGUUUUGUAGUUCUGACUGGGAAGAGAUACAUUUUGGUACAGAAAAAGAUGAAAUUGAAGAUCUUCUACAAACAAAUAUCGAAGAAUGUCUGGGUGCUGUUGAGUGUUUUGAGGAAGAAGAUAAUAAUAGCAGGGAGUCCUUAUCCUUGGCUGAUCUAUAUGAAGAAUCUGCAGAAAACUUGCAUCAAUUAUCAGACAAACUUCCUGCUCCUGGUAGAGCAAUGAUCGAUAUAAUACUGUUGCCCUCUGACAAAGAUCCUCCUAAAUUAAAAGACUGUUUGCCUACUGUUGGAGCAUUAAAACAUUUAAAAGAAUGGUAUUCAGCAAAAAUUACCAUAGCAGGAAAUCAUUGUGAAAUAAAUUGUCAGAAAAUUGCAGAAUACCUUUCUGCUGAUGUGGUAUCUUUAGAGGAUCUUAGAGAUGCUGUUGACUCAAAGGAAUUAUGGAGGGGAAAGAUUCAGAUAUGGGAAAGAAAGUUUGGAUGUGAAAUUCAUUUUCCUGACUUCUGUUUAAAGGGUGUUGCACCUAAGAGUUUUAAUGCAUUUAACUUAAGUACCUGCUUUCUUGAUAAAAAGAUAAUUCCAUCGAAGGAUAAAACUUGUUUGCCAAAGGUUUUCCACUAUUAUGGCCUUGCUUUAGAAUUUGUGCAGAUGAUCAAAUUAUCAGACCUACCCUCCUGCUAUUUGUCGGACAUUGAAUUUGAGUUAGAACUGACAAAAAACAGUACCAAGAAGAACUCCAUGUUAUUGUUGGAGCAGAUUUCUUCUCUAUGUGGCAAUGUUGGUGCACUUUUUGUAUUGCCAUGUACUAUUAGUAACAUACUUAUUCCACCUCCCAGCCAACUCAGUUCAAGAAAAUGGAAGGAAUACAUAGCUAAAAAGCCUAAGACAAUCAGUGUUCCAGAUGUUGAAGUGAAAGGAGAGUGUUCUAGCUAUUAUCUCUUGUUACAAGGCAAUGGCAGUAGAAAAUGCAAAGCCACACUGAUUUACUCAGCCAACCAGAUCAAUGGCUCAUUUGCCCUCAGUUUCAUUCAUGGAAAGAUGAAGGCAAGGACAAGAGAAACCCAACUGAGCAUUCCUUUUGACUUCUCGUCGCUACCACAUUUUUCUGGAGAGCAGCUUAUAGAAAGAGAGAAGCAGUUAGCCAGAGUUCAAGCUCUGGCUUUGAAAGAAUGUUUGAAGAGGAGAAAGUUGGCAGAGCAGCCUGAAGUGGUUUCUGUUGAUGAACUAAAAAGUCUGUUAACACUCACGAGGGAACGCUUUUUAGAUCAUUUUGAUGCUAUUAUUCCUAAAACAAUUUUAAGAAAAACAGACAAAAUUAUUACCUCCAACCUGUUAAAUGAUACCAGUCCAUUGGAUUCUAUUUCUUCAGGUCUAGUGGAAACCAAUCCUCUGGAAUGGCCAGAAAGGCAUGCUCUUCAAAAUUUGGAAACAUUUGAAAAAGCUAAACAAAAAAUGAGAGCUGGUUCAUUUCCUCGUUCAUCUGAACAGUUGCUGGGCCAGAAGGAGGGUGCACGAGAUUCGACCACAUUAUUGGAUGCUAAAGAAUUGCUGAAAUUCUUUACCUCAGAUGGAUUACCAGUUGGAGAUCUUCAACCUUUACAGAUUCAAAAGGGGGAAAAGACUUUUGUUCUGACCCCAGAACUCAGUCCUCGGAAACUUCAAGUUUUACCUUUUGAAAAAGCCUCAGUGUGUCAUUAUCAUGGAAUUGAAUACUGCUUGGAUGACCAAAAAUCUUUAGAAAGAGAUGGGGGAUUUUCUGAACUUCAGUCUCGUCUUAUUCGUUAUGAAACUCAAACUACUUGCACCAGAGAGAGUUUCCCGGUACCCACGGUUCUGAGCCCUCUCCCAUCCCCUGCGGUUCUGUCCGAGCCUGGAAGUGUCCCUGACGGAGAAGCUUUACAGACUGAACUCCGGGCUGAAGCAUCCCGGCUGAAAAGGAGAUCGAGAGACCUGAACUGCCUGGAUCCCAAAAGAAGUAGGCUUGUGAAAUCUGAAAGUUCAGAUUCUCUUCUUUCUCAGAUGAGUGGCAAUACAAAUCAUCACCACCAUGCAGUGACAUCCAAAAAGCCACAGCUUGAGAGAGAAUUAUCUAUGACUUGUCAAUCUGUACCUGUUCAUAGAUAUAAAACUUCAAGAGUCACUACAAAAGCCAGUUCAGGUCAAAAAAGUGUGCAUGAGUCAAAAGCACUGAGACAAACUAAGGAGUCAAGAUCACAGAAACAUACACGGAUGUUGAAGGAAGUGGUUGCUGAAACCUUGAAGAAGCACAGUAUCACCGAGGCGCACGAGUGCUUCAUGGCCUGCAGUCAGCGUCUCUUUGAGAUCUCCAAGUUCUACCUUAAGGAUCUUAAAACUUCAAGGGGUCUAUAUGAAGAAAUGAAGAAAACCGCAAACAACAAUGCUAUACAGGUGAUUGAAUGGGUAUUAGAAAAGACAAGCAAAAAAUAA